AUGGCAGCUUUCAACUUCACCCUGUCUGACCCUUAAUUCAUGCUGACGGGAAUCCCUGGCUUGGAAGCUGCUCACAUCUGGAUUUCUAUCUCUUUCUGUAUGUUCUACACUAUCAGCCUGUUGGGAAAUGUCACAGUUCUGUUUGUUGUAGGCAAAGAGCAGACCCUGCACAAGCCGAUGUACCUGCUGCUCUGCAUGUUGGCGCUCACAGACAUCGGCAUGUCUACCUCUGUUAUGCCGAAGGCACUGUGUAUAUUUUGGUUUAAUUUGAAAGGCAUUACUGUGGGUGGCUGCCUCACUCAGAUGUUCUUCCUUCAUGCGGUUUCUGUUAUGAAGUCAGCUGUCAUUGUGAUAAUGGCCUUCGAUCGCUACAUUGCCAUAUGUAACCCUCUGAGAUAUACCACCAUCCUCACCAACACACGAAUAGCUAAGCUAGGGCUAGUGGGUUUGAUACGAGCUGUUCUCUUCAUUUUCCUGCCCCUGCUCCUGAGCAGGCUGCCAUUCUGUGCCAACCGCAUUAUCCCCCACAUGCACUGCGACCACAUGGCUGUGGUGAAGAUCUCGUGUGGGGACAUCACAAUCAACUGGACGUAUGGUUUGGUGAUAACAUUUGUAGUCAUCGGGUUAGACCUGACACUCAUUGCCCUGUCCUACAGUUUGGUCUUCAGGGCUGUUCUCAGAAUCUCCUCCAAGAAAGCCCACCAGAAAGCCCUCAACACCUGUACAGCCCACAUCUGUGUGAUCCUGACGGCCUGUGCUUCCUGCCUCUUCUCUAACCUGACCCACCGAUUCGGUCAGGGCUUCGCUUCCAACGUGCGCAUCAUAUUGGCCAACCUCUAUUUCCUCAUCCCUCCCAUGCUCAACCCAAUCAUUUAUGGGGUCAAAACAAAAGAGCUUCGUGACAAAGUGGGCAAAUACAUAUGCAGAAUAUGA